CUUAAAAAAAUUGUUAUUAAUGUUUUCUUUUAAACUAUUUUGGUGGUUUUACAGAAGAUGGAAGAUUUUAGUUUAAAAUAAUUAAAUUCAUUUAAAUUAAUCAACCAAAUUGUAUAAGCUUAAACAAUAAAUGGAAAAAAUACUUAAAUCAUAAACAAAAUAACGAUUUUUUCCGGAAGAACGUGUGUCUAACUAAAAGGUCGAUAUUUUGUUUUGUUACUUUUAAAAACAACAUAACAUAAUUUACCACUUUCACGAUGUCUAAACCCUUUUUCAAAACUCAUUUUAUUAUUACCAUUCUUGUUCUGUGCAUAACAUCUGCUUUAUGCCUAAGCGCAUUAAACGACCCUUAUACUAUAUUGGGAAUAAAUAACAUUGCUACUGCACAGGAAAUAAAAAAGGCAUACAAACAGUUGGCAAAGGAGUGGCAUCCUGAUAAAAUACAAAGUGACGGCGAUACCGAAAAGUUUAUUCAAAUAAAACUAGCCUAUGAACUUUUAAGUGACACUGAUCGUCGACAAAUUUUUGACCGGCAUGGAGUAACGGAUGAAGAUACUCAUUACCUUCAAAAAAAAUAUGAUUAUAGUGGAUAUAAUCGAUUUUCCCUUGAUCAAAAUGAGGAUCCUUUUGGAAACAGAUUUGUUAUUGACCAGGACAUUGUACUUUACCAUAAGCUAUCCGUUACAGCUAAUUAUUUCGAGAAGACCAUUUUACCAAACAGCGCAAAAAAGGUGCAUGUUGUAAUGUUUUACAACGAUUGGUGCUUUAAGUGCACUCGAAUAAUAGGCAUCUUCGAAAAAAUAAAAGAUUUACUGGAACCUUUAGGUAUUACCUUUGCAACAGUCAAUGCUGCACAUGAACAGUCAAUUUUUCGUAAAACUGGUGCAGAUGAAGUUCCACAAUUAGUUCUUAUUUUGGACAACCAAUUCUUUCUCUAUCGGGAUCAUACUUUUACACCGCAAAAAGUUGUUGAAUUUAUUCGCAAAAAGUUACCAUUUAGAAUUGUCCAACGCGUCGAAAAUGACAAUAUAAAUGAUUUUCUUGGAGGAUGGAUGGACAACAGAGUACGAGCUCUAAUUUUUCAACCUCGCAGUUUGAUUAGGCUGCGAUACUUACUAACCGCCUUUGAAUUCUACGACCGCGUCGCUUUUGGAUUUGUUAAUAUGAACAGUUUGCAAUCAAAUAAUAUAAUUGCUCGCUUGAAAAUUAAUACGAGCUUGGACACAGUACUUAUAUUCAAUGAAGACUCAACGAACUACGUAGCAAGUAUUCGUAUGCCGGACAUCCCAAUUCAAACAUUGAUAGAUGUGGUUUCUAACAAUCAAUACUUGGUUUUACCUAGACUAUCAUCACAGGCCAUGUUAGAAAGUGUGUGCCCGACUGAAUGGAGCCGUCCAAUGAAACGUUUGUGUGUAAUUCUAAUUACAGAUAAUAACAAGAAAAACGAUUUUGCAAGAGUCGCCUUAAGAGAUAUUGCAUUAAAUAGUCGAUAUAGUUCAAAAAGAGUCCGAUUCGCUUAUAUGUUUAAGGAAAGUCAACCAGAUUUUAUUAAAGCCAUUUCCAAAGGAUCGCUUGAGAAAAAUCUUCUACAAAUUGUCAUUAUUUGGCGUCGAGAUGCCAAACUUAUAAAGUAUGAAUGGGUCUAUGGAUUAAAUAAGAAUACUAAUGUUGUACAUGAAAGUCUCAUCAAUUCAACAAAAAACGAAAUUUUGAACACCGUGAAACGGCUUUUAAAAUCUUCAGAAGCUUUAAAUUAUGAAGCCCUUGUGCAGAAAUUAUUUAAUGAGCACUCUCAAGGUAUUUUAACAAGAGGAGUUUCCCGAUUUUUGUAUUUAGUGGAUUAUCUAUCCGACAAUAUUGAAGAUGAGCACCUUCUUGCAGCAUUUUCACUUUUGGGAACAAUUGGAUUUAUGUUUGCUGUUGGAUAUAUAUUAAUGUACUUCGUAAGGGCUGAAGAGGAAAAUCUUAAGGCACAAGGUCAUCUUAUUGAAAACCAAGAUCAGCACCAUAUUAAUUCCAUUCCGGAACUUAAGCUCUACGAACUGAGAGCAGAAAAAUAUAAUGGAAUGGUUCGUCUUCUAAAACCAGGAUGCCGAACUUUACUGCUCAUAACAGAUUUAAAAAGUAGAAAUAAGCUUAUUCCAUAUUUUCACAAGGCAGUUUGGCCGUACAGGAAAUCCAAAACAUUAUUAUUUGGGCACAUGACAAUUGAAAAAGGACUACCAUGGUUUGCUGAAAUUCUUCGUUUAUCAUUGAGCACAAAUCGAAACUUGCAGGUCAAUCCAAGAAACUGUGUUGGUACUGUUUUGGCAUUGAAUGGUCAUCGAAAAUACUUUUGCAUGUAUCACGCUAAGCAUCCAGAAUCUGUUCGAGGAACAAAGAGAAUCCUAAAAAUUACAAAGAUUGUUUUGGACACAAAGGAGGACCCUGAGGUCGGAACUUUUCUUACAAAAUGCUAUUCUGAAGAAUCCGAGGCAGAAGCAAAUAUUAUUUUGGAAGAUAAUUUACUUAACAGCCUUGAUAAUUGGCUUGUAAGACUGUUUGAUGGCAGAACACAAAAAUACUACAUUAAUUAUUGGCCGGACUUUUCUACUAAGUGACUUUUCUACUAAGCCCUAACUCAAAACUAUUUCUGUAACAAGAUCAAUUUAAAAUUUUCAAGAUUAUUUAAAAUUUUCAACAGAAAGAAAAUAUCAGGAACAUUAGUAUUACAUAUAAGUGGUUCCUAACACAUUAAAAUAUUUAUGUACUUUUGAGGAGUCAAGUUACUACUGUUACUACAGUACUUGCUUGCUAAAAAAGUUAUAUAAAAGAAGUGAUGUUAAAAUGAAUUACAAUUUUAUAAUAAAAAAAAAUGUUAAAUAUAAAAUAAUAUUAAUCUCAAAACAUUUUAUAUACUUCCAGAACUAAUUAAA